AUGGCGGGUCGGGGCAAGACUCUUGGAUCCGGAGCAGCAAAGAAGGCGACGUCGAGGAGCAGCAAGGCGGGGCUCCAAUUUCCUGUGGGUCGUAUAGCCCGUUUCCUCAAGGCCGGGAAGUACGCAGAGCGUGUUGGUGCCGGUGCUCCUGUCUACCUCGCUGCCGUGCUGGAACUGGCUGGGAAUGCAGCAAGGGACAACAAGAAAACUAGAAUUGUUCCAAGACACAUUCAGUUGGCUGUAAGGAACGAUGAAGAACUAAGCAAGCUUCUCGGAGAUGUGACCAUUGCUAAUGGAAGAGUGAUGCCAAACAUUCACAACCUUCUGCUUCCGAAGAAGACUGGUGGUUCAUCAAAGCCCUCAGCUGAUGAGGAUUAG